UAUAACUAAUUUAACAACUUUAAUUAAAAAAUAAUGUAACAACCUGUGCGAAUUAUUUUAAUUAUUUAUUUUAGAUAGAAUUUGAUAUAAAAAAACCAGUAUGUAUUCAAGAUACAGUUCAUAUUGGAACAAAAAUAAAAACAAGAUUUUUAAAACCGAAUGUAUUUUUACCGAUGGGCUCAAAAAUUGUCUCUCCAGAACAUGUGAAAAAAUUAAUAAAGCAAUUUUCUAAAGAUAAACAUUUAUUAUGUGACAGUGAUCUUGAACCAAAAGAUAAGAUGAAUUUUGAUGCAGUUGAAAAAUUAUGUGCGCCUCGAGUUACGGAAUUAUUAUCUGCUAUUCCAGAUAGCCAGAGUACUAAACAAUUUCUUAUUUUAAUUAAACAUAUAUUAAAUUCUUUUUUAAAUAAAAAAUUAAAAAUUGAAGAGCGCAUAUAUUCCAUGUGGCACGCAACAUUUUUUUUAAGAUUGUGGAGAAGGUGGUUACAAGAAAAUAACUACAGUAUUGAUAAAAAUUUUAUAACUUCUAAUGCUUACACGUCCAUAGAAUUAAAUGCACAUGGUUUAUUAAUAUUGAUUGAGAAAAUAAUCAGUUUACACCUUGGUUAUGUAGCAAUCAACCAUGUGAAAAAAUUUUCAGACAAAUAAGAUCCAUGACAUCUACUUUCUCAACAAUAACUAAUUUUAAUUUAUUGAGCAUUUUGAGACGUUUAAAUCGAGUGCAACUUUUAAACGACAUAAGUACUGACUUAAGUAAGUUUAAUUCAUAAUAUUUUAAUUAAAUUUAU